AUGCCAAAGAUUCGGACUACGCGAACCAAGAAGCCUCCAGAGGGCUACGAAGAAAUUGAAGCGGUUCUCGAUGACUAUGCAAAGAAAAUGCGGGACGCCGAAAACGAAACUCAUGAAGGCAAACGGAGAGCCGAAUCACUGUGGCCUAUCAUGCGUAUCUCUCAUACUCGAUCUCGAUAUAUCUAUGAACUCUAUUAUAAACGAGAAGCUAUCUCCAAGGAGCUCUAUGAUUGGUUAUUGAAGGAGGGUUAUGCUGACGCAAACCUCAUUGCCAAGUGGAAGAAAACUGGCUACGAAAAGCUAUGUUGUAUCCGGUGUAUUCAGACAAAGGAUAUGAAUUACCAAGGUUCAACUUGCAUAUGCAGGGUUCCAAAGGCACAGGUUCGAUCAGGCACUAUAGUUGAAUGUGUUCAUUGUGGAUGUCGUGGUUGUAGUUCGGAUUCUUAA